CCAUUUGGGCAAAGCGUUCCAUCUUAAAAUCGGAGUCUACCCCCAUGCCGUUGCGUAAGUCUUUCUCUGCCGGACCGUAUAUUGUAUGCAAGAAAAAGAUCGUUAUAACGACAAAAGACUAUACAUCCUAAAAAGAUGCAUUUCCACCGUUUAGCUCCGGAGGCUGGUCACCAACGCUGAGACGACGGCGGACGCACGAUACGGGUGGGAUUAAUGUAGAGUUGAAUAAAAACAUUUUUAUUAUUAUUAUUUAGUGUGAAAGAGUAGGAUAAGCAUAUGCAAAACUUUUGAAAAAGUAAGGGGAUGUGAAUUUUGAUUUUAUGAAAUUUUCCUGAACUAAAAGGUCUGCCGCGGCCAUUACGAUCAGUUCUUACGAGAAAAAGAGAACGUUUCUUAUUUAUUAAAUUGUCAAUUUAAAAGAAUAUCUAUUUUUAACUAAUGAGAAAAUGAAUUUUCUACAGUAUCCCGGAAAAUGUUAAACUUCACUUUGACAGGAAAUUGAGUAUAUUUCUUAGAAUAUUGUCAGUAAAUAAAUUUCAUAUUAAAUUUUUAGUACGACUCUCGUGUUGGCUUAAAAAAAACCAAAGUUUAUGGGCAGAUAAGCUGCGAGUUAUCACAGCUCGUAUGUGUUUAUGUGCUUCAUUUUAAAUGGAAAUAUUCUUAUCAAUUUAAAUUACUCAUCUCACUAUUUUUGUAUUUUAUAUCACAAUGGAAUUUCCAAAGAUCACCACAAAGAAAGUCUCUUGGCAAGUUUUUUUUUUUUUUGAAAUCUAUGUUGAAAUUCAAUUAAAAUGAUGAUCUAUUUACGAUUGUAAAGCCAACUUUUUACGUCUGCAUUAUGACGUCAAUGGGAUCUUACGAGAUGUUUAUUGAUAAUCUUAUAAAACAAUUGAAUGGUGAUUAACGAAUGAGUCAUAACUUUAGAGCACUUCGGCUGCAAGCAAGAAAUUUAACGAAUAAAAUCGAGAACACAAAUACAUUGGCGGUUUUUUUUCUUUUACCUAUUGAAAAGUACAAGAAAAUUAACAGACACCUGUACACAAUUGGAAUACACAACCGUCCGAUAUGGAAUAUGCUUAAGUUCUAGACAAUUUAGAGAGGGAACUGGUCGGAAAAGCGCGUGCUUAUCAGCUGUAAUUGGAUAUGUUUGUGGAGUUCCAAAGUAGAUGGUGAAACUCCCCAGUCCGAUACCACUAACAAAAUCAUCUACUGGUACGAGAGUGGAAGUCAUUUGAGUUCAGAGAGUGAAGCAAUUCAGUUGUAUAGUUUCAAUUAUUUCGGACAGUGCCACAUCAGUGACUUUUUUUGCUGCAUUUUCCAACUAGUCAUUUCCCAAAUAAAUAGUAUGGAACCACAGAAGUCUGCCUACCCUCAUCUUGAUCAGGACACUACUGGGAGCUAUCCCCAUCCCCAACCACCACCAGCUUACGAUCAGAGCAACCAGGGAGUACCAUAUCCACCUACAGGAGCCCCUUAUGCUACAAAUAUGUCCUACCCUAAUCAAGGACCUCCUCCAGUAGUUCACACCAUAGUGACAAACCCACCUGUAGGGCCAGAUCCUAGUUCGAUUAUUUGUCCAUCGUGCAGACAGCAAGUACUCACAAAAUUGGACUACGAGACCAGCACUAAAACUCAUAUUAUGGCAGCACUUCUCUGUGCUUUUGUGUGUUGGCCUUGUGCUUGGAUCCCCUAUGUUAUGGAUUCGUGCAAAAACGCAAAUCACUAUUGCCCAAAUUGCGGAGCAUUCAUUGGAACUUACAAAUCUUAAAUCGGAAUACCCAAAUGGACUCAUACAGACUUAACGCAGGGACGAGCUUAAUAAUGCUAAAAAUUUUAUUCUUUAUUAAAUUUAAAAUAAUUUAUGACUGUAUAAUAAAAUGUGUAUAAGUAAAUUUAUUUGAAGAUUUUUUUCUACAA